GGAGUCUCACUGUCACCCAGGCUAGAGUGCAGUAGCGCAACCUCGGCUUACUGCAGCCUCCACCUCCCGGGUUCAAGCGAUUCUCCGGCCUCAGCCUCCCAAGUAGCUGGGAUUACAGGUGCCCACCACCACACCCGGCUAGUUUUUUUUUAUUAUUUUUAGUAGAGACGGGGUUUCACCAUGUUGGCCAGGCUGGUCUCAAACUCCUGACCUCAUGAUCCACCCGCCUCAGCCUCCCAAAGUUCUGGUAUUACAAGCAUGAGCCACCGUGGAUAUUUCAUAUAAAUGGAAUCAUACGUGUUCUUUCAUGACCGUCUUUAACUUAGCGUCAUGUUUUCAAGGUUCAUCUGUGCCUGUGUCAGUACUUCUUUUUUUUUUUUUUUUUUUUUUUGAGACAGAGUCUUGCCCUGUCAUCCAGGCUGGAGUACAGUGGCAUAAUCUUGGCUCACUGCAACCUCCACCUCCCGAGUUCAAGCAAUUCUCUGCCUCAGCCUCCUAAGUAGCUGGCAUUACAGGUGUGCGCCACCACGCCCAGCUAAUUUUUUGUGUUUUUAGUAGAGAUGGGGUUUCACCGUGUUAGCCAGGCUGGUCUCAAACUCCUAACCUCAGGUGAUCCACCCACCUCAGCCUCCCACAGUGCAAGGAUUACAGGCGCGAGUCACCAUCCUUCCUUUUUAUGGCUGAAUAACACUUCAUUGUCUGGAGAGGGCUACAUCCUGUUUCUCCAUUUGUCGGUUGAUGGGUGUUUGGGUUGUUUCCGGUUUUGGGCUACUGUGAAUAAGGCUGCUGUGGACAUUUGUGUUGAAGUUUUUGUGUGGGCGUAUGUUUUCUGUUCUUUGAGGACAUAGCUAGCGAGGAGAUUGCCUGGUCAUGGGGUGAGGCCGAUGACAUUUUACACUUGGUGACUAAAAGUCUUGAGUCUCACUUAACUCUGUGCUGCUUAAUGUGCACCACUGGGCUAAGAACACGCCUGAGGAAUGAUAGUAAGAUGCCAGCUGUUGUGGGAUCCAGUGGUGCCAGCCAUUGUGGGAUCCAGUGGUUUGCCAGAGUGCAGAGAAUAUGUAAGGAAGAGGUAGAGGAUUUCCGCGUCUCACUAGGCCAGCAUGCGUAGCACCACUCGAAGCUCUUGGUAGAAACACCGCCUUCCGGGCUGGGCCUCAGAGCCGCUGGUUCCAUAGGUCGGGGGGACGCCCAGGACCCUGCCUUUGUAAUAAGCUCCCCUGACAUCAUCAGAUGUUGAACAGCCCUGUCCUAGACGGUGAGCGCCGUGAGAGCAGGUGACUUGUGAUACACAGUAGGCACCCAGAGGCUGUUUGAACAAAUCAAUGUGAUCCUUUUUAUAAAUAGGGAAGGGGGCUGUUGAAAAAUUCUGUGAGAUAGUCUGAGCAAAAUCCAUCUUGGCCCUGGCUUUGCAUAUUUAGGGGAAGUAGGGAUGCUAAGAUCUGCUGCUGAUCACACCCUAUAAAGAGCCUCCAAUUAGGGAGAAGGGCAGGAGGCAAAAGACUUAACCUGAGCCCUAGGUAGGCGCCAAAGGUGGAAUGGUUGCCAUCUGUGCCUCUUCAGCAGCCCAUGAGCUCCCAGGAGGCCAGGGCUGUGGCCGUUGAAUCCUGGGGUCCAGCCUCAAGGGGGGUGGGCUGUGCACAGGGUUGCCUGUCCCCCAUCACCCCACCACCUUCCAGUGCCCUUAGUACCUCCUGGCAGGACAAGAGGGGGCCCAGAAGGCAGCUCUGGCCAGGGUCCACCUGCAGGGUGUGAGGGGGACACUUGGGGUCAGAGGACAGAGCCAGCCCCUCCAGAUGCUGAAGAGGAUGAAGUAAAAUAGGGCAAGGGCUUGCUUCAUUCAACCUUUCACUCACUGAUUGCAGAGUAUUUAUUGAGCGUCUGCUAUAACCUAAGUUUUACUGGGAGUGUUGGAACCUCUCUGUCCCUUUGACCCCCGCGUUUCCUUCCUUGGGCCAUCUGUGUCAUUGUCAUCAAGACACAGUGGCUUCUUCACAUUUCUGGUGAUGUUGCUUCUCCUUGUGCCAAUCCCCCAGCGGAUACCCUACUCUCCGGAGGGAGAACUCCAAGCAGGUGCCGCUGGGCAUGCACCAGGGAGGCUGUGACCGGAGCGGGCAUUGCCUUGCUUGGAGCUAGCUGCCUACAAGCUCAGCUAUCCAGCCCGCAGAGUCCACCCUGGCUGCAGCGCCUGCCCAGGCCUCAGGCCAGUCCUGGCCCAGCAGCUGUCAGCCUGGAGCAGCCAGCGAUGGCCUCGAGGGACCAGCCAAGGCAGGCGGCUCAUGCAUCCUGCUUCAUUAAUAAUGAAUGGCCAGACGCUGCCCGUGCCUCUCCCUGGUCGCCUCAUUGACUUGGUGGGAGCCUCAGCCGCCCACGGCGCACAGAGCCAGGAGCUGGAUCCCAGACCCCCUCGGAGAGACUCAAGAAGCCCCGAGAAGCAGCUGCUCCCCAAGACCCCUUGAGCCGCUGCCCUAGGAGAGCAGUCACAGCAGCCCUGCGCGGCCCCCCAGGCCAUCACCUCCAGCUCCACAAGCAACACCAGAGAGAGAGCCCUCCCUUCUCCGCUCCAAGGAAGGCGGCUGUGCUCAUCACCCAUCACUCAUCAUCAGGAGUAACCCGCAGGCCAGCCCUACCCAACACUUUUGGAGGCUAUUGGGCUGCAGACUUGGGCAGCCAGAGCUGGACGAGGGUGGGGACAGAGGAAGGACCUGCAGAGACAAGAGAGAUGUGAGCGGAGGAGAAAAUGCGCACCCCCCAACCUCCAGCCGCGCUUCCAGCAGGUCUUCUAUAGCUUGGGCCUGGAAAUGUGACUCCCUCCCUCGGAGCUGUGCAGCCUUCUUCCCCACCAUUGCCUUCAGAAAUCCUCGCUCCUCAAAGAACGCCUGCAGCUUCCUUGGCUCCUGGAUAAAGUCUCGUCCUGGUCGGGGGAGAAGAGUUUCUAGGGGACAGAUGGCUUCUGAGCCCGAGGGGACAGGGGACGCAGCCAGGAUCUGAGCACCCGGCCUCAGCAUGCAGGUGUCCUUCGUUUGCUCGGAGCACAGCCUCAAGGGCCGGGGCCCUGAGGAUCGGCUGGGCCGACCGGCAGCCAGCAGCCCCAGCCUGGGCACCCGAGGCCGCUUCCGCGCCGUGGCCAUGGUGGCCCGGAGCCUGGGACAGCUGUCGGUGCAGAGCCUCCCGUGUGCCGGUGACGCCAGCGUGAAGCAGCACGGGAUGAAAUAUAGGAACCUGGGCAAGUCUGGCCUGCGGGUCUCCUGCCUGGGACUUGGAACAUGGGUGACCUUCGGAGGCCAGAUCACCGAUGAGAUGGCAGAGCAGCUCAUGACCUUGGCCUAUGAUAAUGGCAUCAACCUCUUCGAUACGGCAGAAGUCUACGCAGCCGGCAAGGCUGAAGUGGUACUGGGAAACAUCAUUAAGAAGAAAGGAUGGAGGCGGUCCAGCCUCGUCAUCACCACCAAGAUCUUCUGGGGCGGAAAGGCGGAGACAGAGCGGGGUCUGUCCAGGAAGCACAUAAUCGAAGGUCUGAAAGCUUCUCUAGAGCGACUGCAGCUGGAGUACGUGGAUGUGGUGUUUGCCAACCGCCCGGACCCCAACACCCCGAUGGAAGAGACCGUCCGUGCCAUGACCCACGUCAUCAACCAGGGGAUGGCCAUGUACUGGGGCACGUCACGCUGGAGCUCCAUGGAGAUCAUGGAGGCCUACUCGGUGGCCCGGCAGUUCAACCUGACCCCGCCCAUCUGCGAGCAGGCUGAGUACCACAUGUUCCAGCGCGAGAAGGUGGAGGUGCAGCUGCCGGAGCUGUUCCACAAGAUAGGAGUGGGCGCCAUGACCUGGUCCCCUCUGGCCUGUGGCAUUGUUUCUGGCAAGUACGACAGUGGCAUCCCACCCUACUCAAGAGCCUCCUUGAAGGGCUACCAGUGGCUAAAGGACAAGAUCCUGAGUGAGGAGGGCCGGCGCCAGCAAGCCAAGCUGAAGGAGCUGCAGGCCAUCGCCGAGCGCCUGGGCUGCACCCUGCCCCAGCUGGCCAUAGCCUGGUGCCUGAGGAACGAGGGAGUCAGCUCCGUGCUCCUGGGGGCCUCCAACGCGGACCAGCUCAUGGAGAACAUUGGGGCAAUACAGGUCCUUCCAAAACUGUCGUCUUCCAUUAUCCACGAGAUUGAUAGUAUUUUGGGCAAUAAACCCUACAGCAAAAAGGACUACAGAUCCUAAGCCGCCCCGCCCGCCUGCUCGGACAGUUUCCGUUCCCUCCUAGUCUCUGUUCGCUCGCUUAAGCUGUUUUGAAGCCAAGUGAAGAGUGUGGUUUGCAUCCAAGAGAAAACACCACACUGUGACGUCAUCGGGAAAUGAUCUCCCAAGUCGCUGCCAGACACCACCCACUGCUUCGCCGGACAAUGUCGAAGUCUGAUCUGUGCCGGGGACGGCACUGGUUAGGAAGGAUGUUCAAGCGGUCCCACCCAAGCCUGUCACCUCUGCUCAUCCUCCAAGACCACCCAGCUUUCUCCCAGCCACAGCCAAGAUUCCCAAAGUCAAGGCCAGGCCAAGGCCUGGUUGGGUCCUUUGGGGGGGCAGGGCCGGCCUCUCCUCUGCUGAGAAUCCCUACCUGGUGUAGGGGGAGAGGGGAAAGGGGUCUGGCCCAUCAAGGGGCCCCUUCUGCCAGGGCCUUGGUUGCUGGGGCAGGGCCUCCCCACUGGGGGUCUUCCUCCACCUCCCACUUUCCAAGGGCUCCAGGAAUCUGGGGCCUGACCCCAGAUUCUUCCCCCAUCCUUCUCUGCUCCAACCCACCCCACUGGGUCCCGGCAGGGGCCAUGCCUGCCAAGCUCGAGCUGGCCCUUGACCCCCACCCACCCCCACCCUUGCUGGCAGGGGCAGGGACCCAGGGGGAUUGACUCUGCAGUUUGGGAGCCACAAAAAGCGUAGGGGUGUGAUUUCUAGCUCAGCAUCCCACCGUCUUCCCCCUACACACCAAUGAUGAGCCUCAUGCCAGUGAGGCCUGGAGCACUUGGGAGGGGUCCCAGUGGGGCAGGCCCCUCUGGCCACCCCUCUGUCCUGGCCCCGGAAGGCCCUGUGGUCAUGUGCUCCUAGCUGCACGGUGGCUGCUGGCCACACCGCGGCAAGUGGCAGUAGAGGCCAGCCCUGUGCACAAGGGUGCACUCCUCUUAGCCCCUGUAGACUUUCUCUAAAGCUGCCCUCCACCCCAGGCCGCUGCUCUGCACCGAGGUGGUGGGCUUGGGUUUUGCAGAGAGCAUGCUUGGACCCUUUCAAUAAGGAAGGGUCCUUGGGGUUUUCUGUGCCCAGGAGUUGGGGGCUGCACCCCCACAGAAGCCCCCACAAUGUAGGAAAAGACCUCAGGGAACCUCUCCCUGGAAAGAUGGCCAGGGCUGGUUAGCCCCUCCCACUGCCUGACACCUGGAACAGACUGGGGAGAGGGGAGAGAGGGCAGGACAGGCCAGAGUGAUGCCCCUGUGCAGCUUGGGCCAGAGGGCUAGGGAUGCCAGUAAGUCUGCAGGUGCGGGGUGCCACCUACAGGCCCAGGCCUGUGUCCCGAGCAGUACCCAGGCUUUGCAGACGGCGCAGGGCAGGGCUCCACCGAAGCCACCCCCACCCCUCGCCAGCUAGCUCCCUAGGGAAGCCUGUGUCUCCUGCCCCCAGGGCGCACCCUCAGUUCAGGCACCUCUGUUCCCGCUUUGCCCUUGGAGGAGCCACUAUUCCAGAAGGCUCCACCCUGCCAUCCUGCGGGAGCCUGCUGUCCAGUCCUGGCCGGGCCAAGGCCUGGGAAACUACGUGUGAAAGUCAGAAAGGCCAGCGGGGAGAGGCUGGGGCGAGGGGAGGAGAGGGAUCAGCUUCUGCUAUUACCGACCCACCAUCAUGCUGCCCCUGGCGCCUAGAACCCUUGCCCCUCCUCGUAGACCAAGUCCUGGGGAUCGCCACUCAGUCCUGCUGCCUGCUUCACCAGAAGCAGCCCUGUGAGUGUGGGGCGGGGAAGUCCCUUCUCAACGGCGGUCCCAGCCUAUGGCCCCGGGCCCAGGUGGGGGUCACCUGCUUCCUUCCCGGACAGGGUCCUGCAGUGGCCAAUGGUGCCAGAGGGCAGGUGGCCCACCCUCGCCGUCAGGGAGCGUGGCUGGCCCCAUCCCCACUGCCACCCCAGCCCCACCCACUGUUGGAAGAGGGACCAGCGCGUGAGGUGGUGCCCGGGGUGGGCACUGCUGCUUAAUGCGAAGCACACCUGGGGCAGCUGAGCCCCCAAAAGCUGCGGGUUUGCCAAACACAGGCCAGGCCCCGGUGUCAGGAUGCAGUCAGCCUCUGGCACAGCCUUUUCCACAACUUGGUUCCUGGAUGUCCUGUUUGCUCCACACCUAUCUACAGGGAGGAUGUGAGGGGGCUCUGCCUCCUGGGGCCAGGUCCCCCCUCUCAGGAGUGGGUGUUGGGUAGGACCAUCCAAGAAAGGACAGAAAACCAAGGGCAGCUGGGGUCUAGAAAGGAGGGCGCUGGCCCUGCUGGGCGCUGCAGAGCCCCCAGUUUCCUACUCAGCUUUGUGCUCAGGUCCCAGGUCCCGAGGAGUGACAGGGGCUUCCUCCCACCUUCUGUCCUUGUCCAGUCAUGUAAAUAAUGUGCUUUUUCCAUCCCCCAGUCUUUUUUUUUUUAAACCGACCAUGGUUCCUCAGCUAACUGCAUUCCCUACCUAGGCAGAGACUGUCCUAUGCCUCGAGCUUCCAAACGAGACUCAGACCAUGACACAGCCACCAUAUUUAUGGAAUGACAAAAUAAAGCCCAAACCCAUCGGUC